GGACGUUGUGCUAACGUACAUUAACUUCAUGCACACUUGAGAAAUGCCAGCAGCACCUGACAUCACUCAACAGUUGUUUCAUUUUUGCAUUGUAAACUUAAUGCGCUUGAGAGAUUAUUAUUAUUUUUUUUAAUGCAAAUGUUAUUUAUCCCCUCCAGUUUUAUUAAUCUGAUAAGAUCUCAUUAUAAUUUGGAACCAAUACCGAAGGAUAACAAUAAUGCUCUAAGAAUAAUAAUAAUAAUAAUAAUAAUAAAAAUAAAUAAAAAAAAACACUAGAUCAACUUAAAUUCAAUUUCUUCCUCCAAUCUUUGUCAGAACACUACUUGUAGGCUAUUGGAAUAACGUUUUGCAUUUAAGGCAGUUAAAGGGAAGCACAUGUGGAACUAUAGGAGUUUUACAAUCCUGAAAGAUUUUCCUUUAAUUCCUUUAUAUGUCAUACAGUGGCAUUUAAUUAUAUUGAUGAUCAUAAUAGUUCUAUUGCAAACUUUGUGUUCUUAAAGAUCUAGUUUUUGUUUUAUGUUGUAAUCCCCCUGAUAGCACAUGUACAUCACCCAGACGUCUAUUUGACAUAUUUUUAGGUUGUUUGCAUCUGCAACUCAGUAAGACAUUCAGCAGAUGUCUUAGAGACGUUUAUAAUUAAGAAUGUAUGUAAAUAUGAUCUUUAUAAGAUGUUUAGCAGAUGUUGAUUAGAAUGUGACGCUUUCCUUGCUCUUAAACAGACAUCUCGGAGAUGUACGUGUGCCAUCUUGGCAUGUCAAAAAGAAAAUUCGCAUUUGGAUUAGUGGUCGACUGAUAACUACCUAGAGAGAGCAAGGUGGCAGAAGGCCGUUAAAAUGCAUAUCACAUUUAUUACUUUAGCAGAAAAGCAAAAAACAAUGUUUAUGUCAGAUUUGAAAUAAUCAAGUUAUUCUCUGCUUUUGACAUAGAACAGUAAAGAGGCAUCCACGCAACACUUGCGCACAUUGGAUAAGCCAGACUCAGUAAGACAACUGAUAGCUUAGUUUUUUUUUUUGUAUAAAAUAUAGCAAUACAUUACAAUUUAAUGAUAGCAAAUAAGAUGUAAUCAAACUUGCAAAAUUUACAUAAAUACAUAAUAUUUACUCAAAAUUCCAAAAAAAAUGGGUAGACUUUGGAACUGCCACUAGGUGGAAAGACCCUUUCAGUUAAUAAGCCUAUAGUGCACACUUAUUGACUGACGCCGCUUGAAAAUGGCAAAAUAUUGGUCAAUAGCGAGAGACCUAUAAAUUGUCCAUCACUAGAUUCAUGUCUCCUCCAAUGCCAGCCUGAAAAAUGAUAGAGAUGUCUCUUGACAAAGAAACUGUUUUAUCAUGUGAGGGGCAAACAGACCCCGCUUAUCAACAGCACUCUCUUUUUGUUUCUCGAAACAAUACCAGCAUACCCGGAAAGACCACAGUUACAAAUCUCAGCAAAAAAGAUAGUGAAGAGCCAAGAAAUGAGACAUCACAGGAGCCCCACGAUAAAAACACCACAACAGGUAACAGAGCAGUGAGUGAAAGUAGCGUGCUUGGGGCUGAAUCAUCUACAAAGACCCAGAAUGAUCCCCAACAGUCAAAACCCCAACAGCAGAGACUCAACAAACGGCGCAACACUAUGAGCGCUGGCUUCAAGCACCCUUGUUAUGGGAAGCGACGACGGCGUGCCAACUCAGAAAGCGAGUCCGUCCUGCCAACUAACUUCCUGCUGGGUGGGAACAUUUUUGACCCGCUCAACCUCAACAGCCUUCUGGAUGAAGAGGUUAACCGGGCCCUCAAUGCAGAGACACCCAAGUCGUCGCCAUUACCGGCCAAAAAUCGAGAUCCUGUAGAGAUCCUGAUACCGAGAGAUAUCACAGACCCCCUCAAUCUCAAUUGUCCUAGCACAGGAGGCCGCAAUCGGCUGGUGUCCCCCUUGAAAAAUGGUGGAGGCAAGCGAAGACAUCGGAACAAGCACCAUGGAGCAGGUUCAGGAGGAGGUGGAAUGGUCACACAAUCUGAUUUACCUGAGUCUAAAGGUUGUACAGAAGAUCAGACUGGAACCACAUCACAUUUGAAGUCAGGCAGUGUGGUGGACAGCCUUGUCCCUGAAUCCCUGAAAGAGGACCAUACGCUAUUGAACUCCACUCUUGAGGCUCAGUGUUCAAAAAAACCCAAUUUAACUACAAAUGGUGGUGAACUGAAGGAAAAAAGUGGAUGUGUUCCACCCACCAAUGACAAUUCUACGGCACCACCAUCCGCAAACCUCACCAACCCUUCAUCAAGCAGGCAGCGCAAACGUAAGCGGGCUAUGGGGAGAUUGGAGGACGGCAGUGGUUCAAAUGGGCCGAGACACUGGGCUCCAAGAUCCGGGGGGCUUUCUCAGCCCUUUUACUCCCCAGGGCUGGGCCCUCGUACAGGUGGUACGGACAGGCCUCAACAGCAUCUAAACCAUUGGAGGUCGCAGAACAAUGACAACCAGCACCAACAACAGCAGAAAAAGAAGUUUCAGUUCGGCAACUAUAACAAAUACUAUGGUUAUCGGAACCCAGGGCUGAAUGAAGAUCCUCGUAUCUGUGUUUUGAAACCAGAGUGGUUUCAAGGAAAGGUCGUGUUGGAUAUGGGCUGCAACACUGGCCACCUGACGUUGUCCAUUGCCAAGAACUGGCGACCGGCACGGAUUGUGGGCCUGGAUAUCGAUGGAGCCCUGAUACAUGCUGCCCGACAGAACAUACGCCACUACCUCUCUGAACUCCACACACAACAGGCCCGAUGUUUUGGGGAAAAUGGAGAACAGGAUAGAGUAGAGUACAGGAAAUGGGAUGAUUUACCAGAAGAAAAAAAACAGAGAAAGGAGAAAGAUGGAGAAGAGUUUAGGGGAGAAAAAGAGGAGCAUUCUUCACUUGAAAACAAAAAGUGUUCAGAUGGAAAGAACAAAUACUUAGACAAAGGAGGGAUGGUAGUUGGUGGACUUGCAGAAAGAGAGAAGGGAUGGGAGGAGAAACGGAAUGAUGCAGAAAAUAAGUCCGCAGAGGCUGAUCAGGAAGGAGUGAGUGGGAAAAUAGAGGAUGGGGAAUGUGUUGGCCUCCCUGAUGGGAAGCAUUCAUUCCCUGUCUCACUCCGAAUCUCAAGAGGACCCAUAGCUGGCCCUCCUUUGUCUGAGACGAACACAAACAGCCUUCCUCCUGGAGAUUUCCCUGCCAAUGUCACCUUUGUCAAGGGGAACUAUGUGCUGGAAAGUGAUGCGCUGCUGCAAAUGCAAAGGGAAGAGUAUGACGUGAUCCUGUGUUUGAGUGUGACAAAAUGGGUCCACUUGAACUGGGGUGAUGAGGGACUCAAACGGCUCUUCCAAAGGGUUUACAGGCACCUGCGGCCAGGAGGACUCUUCAUACUGGAGCCUCAGCCCUGGAACUCCUACAGCAAGAGAAAGAAACUCACUGAUGCCAUCUAUAAGAAUUAUCAUAGCAUCUGCUUCAAACCAGAGCAGUUUUCCUCCUACCUGACUACAGAAGUGGGCUUCUCGAGUUAUGAGCUCAUCGGAACUCCACAGAAUUUAUCUAGAGGUUUUCAGAGACCAAUCUACCUUUUUCACAAAGGACCCUCGCCUCAAAAGUGACACCACCAGUUAGGACCGCCAGAUUAAAUGAGAAACUGCAAUGCUUGGACAUUGAAAACAACCAGCAUUCGAAGCCACUGGAACUUUUUGAGAAUUUUUAAUAUUUCUUGAAAAUUGAAAUAAGACUAGGACUGAAUUUGACACUUUCAAUAUUUUGAACUCUUACAUGAAAUCUCAUUGGUGCUGAAAAAGAUAACAUUUCUUCCCCCUGCCAUUAAAAAUAAAGGUAAACCUCUAUCAUGAUAUUCUUGAAAACUGAAAACUACAAAUACAGACCAGAGUUUUUCUGCUGUCCCAAAGAGCUGAUGUUACUGGUAUCUCUCAUAAAGAACAGACUCUUGGAGAACCACAUAGUUAAAUCAAAUCGAAUAGAAUCAGAUCAGAUCCCAUCAAGUAAAUUCUAAGAUCCUCGUAAAUGCAAGCUGUUUUUCAUUUGCAAUGAAAAUGUGGACUUAUGAACAUUUGUCCACAUUUGAAUUCUUGAGCAACUCUGCCCUCCUGUGUAGCACACAACUGAUAUGUAAACACCUAGGAUUUAAAAUGUUUGGAGGUUAUGUUUUAAGGAAUAUAUAUUUUUAUUUUUUGUUUCAAAAGGAAAUAUUAGAAUGUUCAUUCGAAACUCUGGUUUCUGUGCUUUUGUUGUUAUUGCACUGUCAUCUUUCAUCUUAAGUUUAAAACAAAGUAUUGCUAUUAACAUAAAUAGGAAGUUCCUUUUUCCAUAUGAGCUGUUGAAAGCUUAUGACAGUUUUAGCAUCUGUUUAGCAACCAGACUAAGUCUAAUAUGGUUUGCUGGUUGCCCAGUUUGACCAAGCUGGUUAAGCUGGUCUGUUUUGAUGGUUUUAGAUGGAUUUGGGGUACUUGACAGCUGGUCAGGCUGGGAGACCAGAAAACCACCAUAACUUGGUUUAAAUUGAUAUUUUCAGCAGGGUUAUGGGCACUACUUUUAGUAGCAAACUGUUUAAUGCCAAUAACUCUCCAUAAGCUGUAUUUCCUGGUCUAACAGGACCACAAUUUCAGUCCUUGGGAUUUUUGAUACUGCUGGUUUGUUAUGAAAAAGUGAGGUUUAUCUCAAUCUGAUGUAUCCAGUAGGUAGUCAGGCAGAUAUCAGAAGGAUGUGAUUCCUUUUUGAUGUGGUGCAUCAUAGAGAAUGAACCUAAAACAUUUUUUAUAUAAACUUGUUCUGAUUCACCAACUAUUGAAGUUUAUCAAAAAAGAGGUACAUUUUGUGAAUUGUUUGUUCACAGUUCAUGUCACCACAGAGGUACGACACUUUACUGUUGUUUUAUUCCAAUUGAAAGGUUUGCACUAAAAAAGAAGGGCCAAAUUGGUGUCCCAUAUUUAUAUUUUAUGUGCAAAUGUAAAGUUGGUGUAUCUCUGAAAAGGGUCCUUUUUCAUUCAAGGGACUAAUUCAAAGCAUUUGCUAAAUAAACUGCAAAAUAACAUGGAA